CACACAUACAUAUAUAUACUAUAUCCGGCUGAAGAAGCUACGUGAACCCAGAUAUUUCUUAUUCAAAGUUUUCUUGUCAAUUUUGUGUUUACAAUGUUCCAGAAAAAAAAAUUUAUCUACCUUUAUCUUCUGUUUGGAUUACAGUUCGUAUAUUCAUCUUCUACCAACUUCACAGACCAAUCUGCUUUGUUAGCCUUCAAGUCUGCAAUCAGCAAUGAUCCGGAAAACUCUAUUUCUGAUACCAACUGGACUUCAUCCAAACCUUUCUGUCACUGGAAUGGCGUUUCUUGUGGCAAACGUGGCCUAAGAGUCAGAGCUCUGAACCUCUCUUUCAUGGCUCUUGAGGGUUCCAUUUCUCCUCACCUUGGUAACCUCUCUUUCUUGACCUCACUUGAUCUUGGUAACAACAGCUUCCAUGGCGGAAUACCAGGUGAAAUAGGUAGGUUACACCGCCUGAGAAUUCUCAUAUUGCGUUUUAAUAACUUGGAAGGCCAUAUCCCACCCAGCUUCUGCCAUUGCCAAAAGCUCCAGUUCCUGUCCCUUGAAGGAAAUAGAUUGAGUGGUGGCAUACCAGAAGAAAUCGGUUGGUUGCCAAGACUUGGGGCCUUGUAUCUGAACUCGAACAAAUUCAUCAGUGGCGGAAUUCCUUCUUCGUUAGGCAACAGAUCAACUCUGCAAAUCUUGUCUUUGCGAGAGAUGAAGCUCGAAGGUUCGAUCCCUCCCUCUCUUCUUAACUUGUCUUCUCUUGUUAGUCUUGAUCUGACAAGGAAUGCUAUCACUGGCAAUCUUCCUGUUAAUCUUUGCCAUGGUUGGCCUAGAAUUCAAGUCCUUCAUCUUGCUUUCAACCAACUUGGAGGUCACCUCCCUUCAAAUUUUUCUGGGUGUAAAGACCUGGUGUCUUUGUCUUUGGGGUACAACAGCUUUGAAGGGACAAUUUCAAGUGAAAUUGGGACCUUGCAAAAGCUCCAGGUGCUGAAUCUUGGCGGCAACAAUUUGACUCUAAAAUUCCCUCUUUUAAGAAAUCAUCGCGAAAUGAAUACUCUGUCCGGAGACAUUCCCAGAAAUAUUUUGAAUAUUUCCUCUCUAGAGAUGCUCUCGUUAAUGCAAAAUUCUCUUUCUGGAAAUCUUCAAUCAGAUGGGUUAUCGCUCCCAAAUCUUGAAAUGCUAUUUUUGGGUGACAAUAAACUCAGGGGAAACAUACCAUCAUCAUUGUCAAAUUCCUCCAACCUUGUCCAUAUCGAUGUUGCUACGAACUUUCUAACAGGACCCAUACCUUUGAAUCUUGGCAACUUACAGCAUCUUAGAUAUCUUGCUUUACAUAGAAAUCAUCUUACAGGAGACCCUGGAAGCCCUGAACUUAGUUUCCUUACAGCUUUAUCAAACUGCAGAUCUCUGGAAACAUUAAUUUUGCAUAGCAAUCCCCUCAAGGGUAGAAUCCCCGAAUCUAUAGGGAACUUUUCAAGUUCCCUUAGGAUAUUUUAUGCACCGGACUGCCAAUUACAGGGUCAUAUACCGAGUGCAAUAGGGUCUUUAAAGAAAUUGGCAUUACUUGAACUGAGUGGCAAUGAUCUCACCGGAAAUAUUCCAUUAACAAUAGAGGGAGUAGAGAUGCUUCAGGAGUUCCACGUCAACGACAAUAAGCUUGGAGGAUUGAUCCCAGAAGAGAUCUGCUAUUUAAGGCAGCUGACUGAAUUAACCUUUCAAAAUAAUAAAAUCUCUGGAUCCAUCCCAGCUUGUUUCGAAGAUUUCAGUCAUCUUCAGAUACUAUCUCUAAGUUCAAACAGAUUGAGAUCAUCAAUACCACCAAACUUAUGGACCCUGAAAAGUCUCAGGUCUUUGAACUUGUCAUUCAAUUCUCUCACCGGAUAUUUGCCUUUGAAUGUGAAGUCCUCACUAGUCCUUGAAAGGAUAGAUUUUUCUUCAAACCACAUAACAGGAACCAUUCCAAGCACUAUUGGGGAUUUUGAAAGCCUUACUUUUCUUAGUUUAUCAAGAAACUCAAUUCAUGGACAUAUACCAGAUAAAUUGAGUAAGUUGAAAGGACUGGAUUCCUUGGAUCUAUCAUACAAUAAUAUAUCAGGCAGUAUACCCAAGUCUCUUGAGACACUUCAUUCUCUCAAGCACCUAAAUUUAUCUUUCAAUCAACUUUCCGGGGAGAUUUCCUAGCGGUGGGAGCCUUUGCAAAAUUUAACUGCAAAAUCUUUUUAUUUGGGGAACCUGGGAAA